AUGGCUGUGUUCUCUUCUGGGAUUCCAGGAAUUGAGAAAGCGAGGGGAUUUCCUGUCGAUGUUGCGUUUGAGUUCUCUGGUAGGGAGGAAGAUCCUAUCGUAACUGCUCUACGGAUCUCACGCCGGCCAUUGGAGGAAUAUCCACUGUCACCACUUAACGUCGAGAAGAUCCAGAGAUGGAUGAGAGACUGUGACGCGAAUCAUGAGAAGUGUCCGAAGGAUAUCCAGCUCGACUACCUCCCUACCCGUCUCCUCGACGUCGGGACGUUGCAGUGUAGUCACGAUCCAAAACUCAUUCUCUCCGCCGAAGCAUUUCCCAACCAUGGAAGCAAGCCGAUCUACAUGGCUCUAAGUUACUGCUGGGGAGCACCCGAAGAUCUACGAGACCUCCUGACCACCACGCGAGAAACGUUAUCCGCAAGACGGACAGACAUAAAGAUCACGUCCAUGCCGCAAACCUUCCAAGACGCUGUGCGGACCGCAAGAGCGUUAGGGAUAAGAUAUCUAUGGAUUGAUUCCCUCUGUAUCAUCCAAGAUAACGAGGAUGAUUGGAAAGCCGAGUCGGGGAGGAUGGCGGAGACGUUUAGUACCGCUUACCUCACCGUCAUUGCCGCAUCCAGUGAUUCCUGUCACGAAGGCUUUCUACAGAGACGAGAACGACCGAGUUGUUCUGUCCCUGUCGUCCUCACGAACCCUAUGAGUACCCCAGGUUCUUCAUCCAUCGAAGGAACGUUCAGUCUACGCUACCGCCAUCUCCACUGGGGAAGCGAUAAAAUGGCCGAGACCAAACUAGGACGAUGGAUCAGCCGGGGCUGGACAUUCCAAGAAGAGCGUCUCGCACGCCGGGCCCUGAUCUUCGGGGAAGGCAAAUUGUUCCUCGACUGCAGGACCCUAGAGCGAACCGAGGACACAGCUCUAUACAAACACCGUCCCGACUGGGUCGAAACCGUGCGAGAAUCCGCAUGCGAAGAAGCCAUCGAACCAGGAGCACUCAAACGCUCCAACACCGGAUCAGCAUACCUCCACCGUCGAACACCCUACGACCACUGGCGCACCCUCUGCAACCACUACUCCCGCCGCACCCUCACGUACGAGAAAGACAAGCUCCCGGCCAUCUCAGGCAUGGCGCGGCAGAUCCUGAAGNCCCUACGACCACUGGCGCACCCUCUGCAACCACUACUCCCGCCGCACCCUCACGUACGAGAAAGACAAGCUCCCGGCCAUCUCAGGCAUGGCGCGGCAGAUCCUGAAGAAAGACAUGGCGGAAUCCGCCUACCUCGCCGGUCUGUGGCGCGAGAACCUGCUGCAUGAUUUAUUCUGGCAGCCCGUGGAGGGAGGGAGGAAGCCAGCGGUGUAUAGGGCGCCGUCGUGGAGCUGGGCUGCGAUCGAGGGCCAUAUCUCGUGGCCGACCUGGAGGUACUGUGUUGAAGGGGAGUGUGAGAUUUAUUGUGAGGUUGUGGAUGCGUGGACGAGGACGGAUAGUUUGGAUCCGUUUGGGGCUGUGACGGGUGGGAGUUUGCGGAUUUGUGGCGCGGUGAGCGAGGUUGAGAUGUUGGGUAUUGGUGCUGAAUCUGUGUCGAAACAGGGACCGCGGUCGCUUACUUGGGAAGGGAACUUGGUGGCUACUGGGAGACUGGAUACUGCUAUUCCUGAUGGGUUGGGGAAUAUGAGGUAUUGGGCUUUGCUUAUUGCGAAGUGUAAAGUUAAGGAGGGGAAACCGGCUGUUCCUAGGGGACUACUCUUGGAAAAGAGAGUAUGUGAUGAUGGGACUGAGGAAUUUGAACGUGUGGGUAUAUUUAAGGUUGUUGCAGAUGACAAGGAAGGGAGGAGUCCUCUCGAGGCGUGGCAGUCCUUAGGGAAGCAGACAAUUACUAUUAUUUGA